AUGUCGUUCCAGCCGCUGUACAAGUACAUUGAUCGCGAUAGCCUCGCCGAGCAGGUGCGCAAGCACGGUGCCGACCCAAACCAGCGCGAGGUGGCUGUCGUCGACGUUCGAGAUGACGACUUCGAAGGCGGGAACAUCCUCAACGCUCGCAACCACCCUUCCUCCACCUUCCCAGACCAAGUCGAGGACCUAGUGUACGGCCCCCUCAAGGACUACAAACAAGUCAUCUUCCACUGUCAUCUUUCGCAGCAGCGCGGUCCGAAAGCUGCCGGGCAGUAUGCACAGGCGAGACAGGCAGCGCUCGAGUCCGGCAAAUUGCCGAAGAAGGAGGAUGGCGAGACGGCGGGGUCACAGCAGCAGGAGGUGCUCGUGCUCAGAGGGGGGUUCAGUGAGUUCCAGGACAAGUACAAGAAAGACACGGCAGUGGUCGAAAAGUACGAUGCUUCCGCCUGGGAAUUCCGCAACUAA